CGUUAUAUAAUUCACGUUAUAUACAUCUAAAAAUGCUUUCUCUUAUUGUCGUAUGUGCGAUUUUCUAACGAAACGAAGUACGAUUUAACUAAUAAGGUUUUUUUUAAUUUACUCCCUUGUGCGAUUUGCAAUAAAAAAUAAACGAUUUUCACGAUUUGCAAUAAAGUUGGAUAAAAUUAUACGUUAAACAAUUACAAGACCUGAAACCCAUGCACAAUUGUUUCCACUCUCUCACAACAGCUACGUUUUUCGUAAUCGAAAGUGAUGGUGUCUUGAGGAAUUAUUCUGCCGGAAGGCUUCUAUUUGAAUUUUCAAACAAGCUUUUAGUUUAUUAGGAAAUUUUUGAACAAGAAUUUCACACUUUUUUCAACAACUUACUGAAAUAGGUAUAUAAAACCCAUUUAUAUUGUGCAUGGUUGGCAUGCAAUCGUUUAUCGGUUAAUAAGAUUGCAAUAGAAUUACUGGAAACAUUGAUGCUUGAUCUACGUGUGCGUUUUUCUCAUUCUACAGAGUACAAGCAGCUGUGAUUGAUUAUCAUACUAACAACAUCCCUUUGGGUUUGGGUUAUCUAACAAUCUAAACACACACACACACACACUGAUGGUAAUGGUCAUUGAUGGUUACAAAAAUGUUGACGUAUGUACUAACACCUCACAUCGCAAUCAAUAUGCUACGGCAAUGAACUUGCUGCCCCGGCCUAUCUCCUUUCACAGGAAAGGUGUUACAUACACUAUUUUGUAUUCAGCUUUACAAAUUCCCCGUCAUAAGGGAAGAAAUUCGAUGUAAUGCUUUAUUAAUGGUUUUAUACACAUUUUUGUCCCUUCCUUGCCCUUUCCUAUAUAUAUUUUUUGCUAUGUUGCUGGUUGGGUACGUAUUGUUUCGGUUGUGUUGUGAUUGCAAAAAAAAAAACAAAAAAUAAAACAAAACUGAAUUCGAUGCAAUACAAAACAAAUAAAAAAUGCACGCACGCACAAACUUGCAUUGAAACGAUCGAAAAACGAAAAAACAGGCCGUAUAUACUGGAAAUGUACCUAAUAAGACAAGAAACCGCUAUCAACAGAUGGCGGAUUCGCACAGGGAAGAGGAGCAGGUUAAUCUUCUUGGUGAGGAGGGCAUUCGAGCAGGUGGUGCCGGGGCACAGGGACAAAAUCUAAAACUAGGCUUUGUUGCCGGAGUGAUCCUGCGCGAACGUUUGCCGGCGUUCGAACGGAUGCUUUGGCGGGCGUGCCGUGGCAAUGUGUUCCUUCGCCAAGCGAUGAUCGAAGACCCGUUGGAGGAUCCAUCGACUGGAGAUAAGGUGUACAAAUCGGUGUUCAUCAUCUUCUUCCAAGGUGAUCAGCUGAAGACACGCGUGAAGAAGAUUUGCGAAGGUUUUCGCGCGACGCUCUAUCCAUGCCCAGAGGCCCCAACCGAUCGGCGCGAGAUGGCGAUGGGCGUGAUGACUCGCAUCGAGGAUUUGCACACAGUGCUUGGACAAACGCAGGACCAUCGUCAUCGAGUGCUGGUGGCUGCGGCCAAAAAUCUGAAGAAUUGGUUCGUUAAGGUGCGCAAGAUCAAAGCCAUCUACCAUACGCUGAACCUUUUCAAUCUGGACGUGACGCAGAAGUGUUUGAUCGCGGAAUGCUGGGUUCCGCUGUUGGACUUUGAAACGAUCCAGAUCGCGCUCCGGCGUGGUACCGAGCGGUCCGGGUCUUCCGUGCCGCCGAUCUUGAACCGAAUGGAAACGUUCGAGGAUCCACCGACGUACAACCGGACGAACAAGUUCACGCACGCUUUUCAGGCGCUCAUCAAUGCGUACGGUGUUGCGAGCUAUCGCGAAAUGAACCCUGCGCCGUACACCAUCAUUACCUUCCCGUUCUUGUUCGCGGUGAUGUUCGGCGAUCUUGGUCACGGAACGAUAAUGGCUCUGUUCGGUUUGUGGAUGGUACUGAAGGAGAAACCACUGGCGGCAAAGAAAUCGGACAACGAAAUUUGGAACAUUUUCUUCGGUGGCCGAUACAUCAUCUUCUUGAUGGGGGUAUUUUCGAUGUACACAGGCUUCGUGUAUAAUGAUAUCUUCUCGAAGUCGUUGAACUUGUUCGGGUCUGCUUGGUCCAUCAACUACAACACCUCGACUGUGAUGACCAACAAAGCACUGCAACUUGAUCCGGCGGGAAACGAUUACGCCCAAACGCCGUAUCCGAUUGGGCUUGAUCCGGUCUGGCAGGUGGCCCCGUUGAAUAAGAUCAUUUUCCAGAACGCGUACAAGAUGAAGAUAUCGAUCAUUUUCGGUGUCAUUCACAUGCUGUUCGGUGUGUUUGUUGGUCUUUUCAAUCAUCGCUACUUCAAAAACAAGAUGGCCAUCUACUGCGAGUUUAUCCCGCAGGUUAUCUUCCUAGUGUUUUUGUUCUUUUACAUGACGCUGCUAAUGUUCAUUAAAUGGGUUAAAUACUCUGCUAGUGUGGAGGGGGCCCAUUCUGCUGGUUGUGCACCGUCGAUCUUGAUCACGUUUAUCAACAUGGUGCUGUUCAAGGCGCCCGAAGUUAGUACUGGCGAUUGCUCCCCGUUCAUGUUCGCGGGCCAGGAAGGUUUGCAAAAGUUCCUUGUCAUCGUGGCACUUCUUUGCGUACCAUGGAUGCUGCUCGCGAAACCAAUCCUGAUCAUGCGCGGUCGUAAGGAAGCUGCCCAUCAACCAAUUGCACCGUACAGCAAUGAAAAUGGCGAUGCCGAUGGAUUAAAUCAGCACAAUAACGCGGCAGCAACUCAGGGAGGACAACAACCACCGGCACAGCAGCAGCAGGGUGGCGGUCAUGGACAUGACAAUGAAGAAAUGUCUGAGAUUUUUAUCCAUCAAGGUAUCCACACAAUUGAGUAUGUGCUCGGAUCAGUGUCGCAUACCGCUUCGUACCUUCGUUUGUGGGCACUGUCGUUGGCUCAUGCACAGCUUGCGGAAGUGUUGUGGAACAUGGUGCUGCAAAAUGGUCUGAAGCAGGACGGUUGGAUCGGUGGAAUAGCUUUGUGGGCCGUAUUCGCGUUCUGGGCUGUGUUGACCGUGGGAAUCUUGGUGCUGAUGGAAGGUCUUUCCGCUUUCUUGCAUACACUGCGUCUUCACUGGGUGGAGUUCCAGAGUAAAUUCUACGCUGGCCUUGGUUAUGCGUUCCAACCGUUCUCUUUCGAGGUCAUCCUGGAAUCAAGCUCCAGCUCGUCGGAGGACUAAACUGUCGCACAAAAUGUGUGCAUCGGUUUGGCAUGGAAGCGAUAAGGCAGACAACAAAACAAAUACGAUAUGAAUAUAUACUCUUACACAGAUUGCUCUUUGUCGGUGCUCUGUUGCGAACGAACAGUGUCAACCCUAUUCUUCUUCAAACGCCAUUAAUAGUCGAGAUAUCAAAUGAAGCGCAUAAGAAAAGAUAGCGCGUAACUAACACAAAGACGCAGAAUGAGAUGUUUAAACUACAUAUAUAUAUAUAGAGCAAACAUUCAUAACUAACUCGAAAUAUAAAUUAUACGUGUUUAAUCCCUUUGCAAAUUGAAAAUGACAUUCACGAAUUUAUCGUUGCUGCAGCUGUGCGCGCGUCAUUUCAGUGUAGAUCUAUGUUUGUACGACCGUAGUAAAGCUUUUUCGACCUAUCGAAACUGUCCUAUUGAAGACGCUUUUAUGCACAGCUUGCGCAACCAUAGCAUCUUAGCAUCUGCAUCUCUACAUAUUGUCCCAUGAAAGUAGCAUUCGGAUAAUUUGUCUCUGUCCUGAAAAGUGACAACAUUUCAAUACUUCGACACCGUGACAGAAACUUACCGAUUGCAAUACUUAUCAAAUAUUGGAAUAAAUGUUACUUGUUCAUUAGUAUCAGCAAAGUA